AUGAGCCAUAGACAAGUGUCUGGAAAUGGAACCGGAAACACCUCAUCAAUUUCCUCAGAUGAUGAAACACUCAGUUCAUCAAGUCAGAAAAAAAUCCCGCCGAUUAAAGCCCCCGUAGGUCUUGCUCCUCCACCUGAUAUAAAGAAUGUAAAAGCAAAAGUAGAUACUCUCGCCAAUAUUAAGCAUAAACCUGGUGGUGGUGAUAAAAAGAUAUUUCAAGAAACUCCAAGAUAUGAAUAUCUUCAUCUAAGAAAUCACUCAAAAGACAAAUCCUCAACUACAGUACCAUCAGGAACUGAAAAGCGAUUUUCAAGCCCGAAGUUGCCAACAAGAUUAAAAGAAGUUAAAUCAAAAGUUGGAUCUUUGGCCAAUAUAGGUCAUCAACCAGGCGGCGGUAAGAUAAAAAUAUUCUCCGAGAAACUUAAUUUUCGAGAAAAUGCUGAGGCUAAAGUUGGAUCUCUCGACAAUGCUGAUCAUGUUCCUGGUGGUGGAAAUGUAGAAAUAAUUGACGAGAAAUAUUAUUACAGUAAAAAAACUGAUCAAUAA